AUGAAUGAGAAGGCUGUGUCAACAGCCAGCUCGCUGCACAUCAGAAGACGUGACAAGAAGCAGCUGGCCACACACCAGGGUGUCGACGUCGAGGACGGUCGACCGCGGCCGCGUGUGUCCUGGUGGCUGGGCGGGCAGUCCCUGCAGUCCCGGCAGCAGCAGGCGUCCGGCCGGCGCGUCUCCAGCGUGGCGCGGCUGCCGCCCCUGGGCAGGCACCACCUGCUGCAGCAGCUGCUCUGCCGCGCCUCCAACCACCAGCAGCCGCUCACCGCCGCCGUCACCAUCGACAUGCUGCUGGCUCCAGUGACGACGCGGCUGCUGGGCAAGAACCGGCCUCUGAGCGCCGGCCAGACGUACGAGGUGGCCUGCGAGAGCCUGGGGUCCCGCCCGCCGGCCCGCAUCUCCUGGUCCAGCGACGGCGAGCCGCUGUCGGGUGACCGCCAGACGUGUGACCGCAAAUAA